GGCUAUUUGACGUGCGGCUCGCGAAAGGCGAAGGUUUUUGUGUUGCUCGCCGGGGCUAGCGGCGGCGGCGACGGCGGCGGCGUCGUCGUCGUUGGAGGAGGGGUGGAGGCGCAGCGACUGCUGCACCGCGCUCGGCGCUGCGGAGCGAGCCCACCCGCCCCGGGAGCUCGCCUCCGGGUGCUCCCCCUCCCUCCCCGUCCCCCCAGUGGCGCUGCCUCCUCCAAAUGAGCGAUUCGCCCGCUGGAUCUAACUCAAGGACACCCGAAAGCAGCGGCGGCGGCGGGAAGAGGCCGGCAGUGCCGGCGGCGGUGUCCCUCUUGCCCCCGGCGGACCCCCUGCGCCAGGCGAACCGGCUCCCUAUCAGGGUCCUGAAGAUGCUGAGCGCUCACACCGGCCACCUCCUGCACCCGGAGUACCUGCAGCCGCUGUCCUCCACUCCCGUCAGCCCCAUUGAGCUGGACGCCAAGAAGAGUCCUUUGGCGUUGCUGGCCCAGACUUGCUCGCAGAUCGGCAAGCCGGACCCGCCGCCCUCGUCCAAGCUCAACUCGGUAGCGGCGGCCAACGGGCUGGGAGCGGAGAAGGACCCUGGCCGCUCGGCCUCUGGCGCCGCCUCCGCGUCUGCGGCGCUCAAGCAGCUGGGGGACUCCCCGGCCGAGGACAAGUCUAGCUUCAAGCCCUACUCCAAGGGCUCCGGAGGCGGCGACUCCCGCAAAGACAGCAGCUCCUCCUCCGUGUCCUCCACCUCCUCCUCCUCCUCCUUGUCCCCGGGAGACAAGGCGGGCUUCAGGGUCCCCGGCGCCGCCUGCACGCCCUUUCCCCCGCAUGGAGCGCCGGUCUCCGCGUCGUCGUCCUCGUCCUCUCCCGGCGGCUCCCGGGGCGGCUCCCCGCACCACUCUGACUGCAAGACCGGCGGCGGGGGCGCCGGCGGAGAGCUGGACAAGAAAGACCAGGAGCCCAAGCCCAGCCCGGAGCCCGCGGCCGUGAGCCGAGGCAGCGGUGGGGAGCCGGGCGCGCAUGGAGGCGGCGCCGAGGCCGGGGCCUCCGGGCGCAAGUCGGAGCCGCCCUCCGCGCUGGUGGGGGCCGGCCACGUGGCGCCGGUGUCGCCCUACAAGCCAGGCCACUCGGUGUUCCCGCUGCCACCCUCCAGCAUCGGCUAUCACGGCUCCAUCGUGGGCGCCUACGCCGGCUACCCGUCUCAGUUCGUGCCUGGCCUGGAUCCGAGCAAGUCUGGCCUCGUGGGAGGCCAGUUGUCGGGGGGCCUGGGCCUGCCCCCGGGCAAGCCCCCCAGCUCCAGCCCGCUCACCGGGGCCUCCCCGCCGUCCUUCCUGCAGGGAUUAUGCCGCGACCCCUACUGCCUGGGAGGUUACCACGGCGCCUCGCACCUCGGCGGCUCCAGCUGCUCCACCUGCAGCGCGCACGACCCAGCUGCGCCCGGCCUGAAGGCGGGGGGCUACCCGCUGGUGUACCCCGGGCACCCGCUGCAGCCCGCCGCGCUCUCGUCCAGCGCCGCCCAGGCCGCGCUCCCCGGCCACCCGCUCUACACCUACGGCUUCAUGCUGCAGAACGAACCGCUGCCGCACAGCUGCAACUGGGUGGCGGCCAGCGGGCCGUGCGACAAGCGCUUCGCCACCUCGGAGGAGCUGCUCAGCCACCUACGGACUCACACGGCUCUGCCUGGCGCCGAGAAACUUCUGGCCGCCUAUCCGGGGGCCUCGGGCCUGGGCAGCGCCGCCGCGGCCGCCGCGGCCGCCGCCUCCUGCCAUCUGCACCUCCCCCCGCCGACCGCUCCCGGCAGCCCCGGGUCGCUGUCCUUGCGGAGUCCACACACUUUGGGCCUAAGCCGGUACCACCCUUACGGCAAGAGCCACUUAUCCACAGCCGGGGGCCUGGCCGUGCCGUCCCUCCCCACAGCCGGACCCUACUACUCACCAUACGCGCUGUACGGACAGAGACUGGCCUCAGCCUCCGCGCUCGGAUACCAGUAACUACAGCCCUGCUUCCCUCCCCAGCCUCCUCUCCUCCCCGCCGCCGCCUCCCUUCCCCACCCGCCUCUGCUGCCUCCUCCACCACUGCUUGUCCCUGCCGGACCCCCGCCCAAACCCCCCCCCCCACCGGACUGUGUAUUUAUUUACUGUAAUGUUAGCUUACAAGCUGGGAAUAUAAGUGCAUUAACGGCCCACACGAGUCAAUGGUAUGCAAAGAGUCUGUUCCCCCCAAAUAAUAAUAUUAAUCACACAGGUAA